AUGAAGUCAAUUCUCUCCCUCGCUCUUUUUGUAGCUUCUGCUUUUGCUCAGGGCGCUGUAAUUGGAUACCCUCCGCAAGGUCUUUCAGUCUCUCCUGGAAGCAAUUUGGUUGUUCAGGUAGAGAGACCUGAUACAUUGACGGGUUCUGUGGAAGUUGCUGUCGUCAUUGGCAUACAGUCAUGCCCAGGAACGCCAUGCAUUGACCCUGCUGAUUACAUGGGUCAAAUUUUGUACAACGGUCCCUUCGACCCACAGUUCCAUGAGACAUACCUUCCCCCUUAUGAAAACUUCACAGUUCAAAUUCCGAGUAGCAUUGCCAGCGGAACCGCUCUUCUUGGGGUUGUUCAUGUCACUCUUGUGGGAGCUUCAGCGGGCCCUUUGAUGGAGAUUCUGAACCGCACCAUCACAAUUUCAUGA